GUCCCGGGAGCUGCACCAGAGGAAGAAGCGUCAUGGCGCUGGUUCUGUGUUGGUAUGGUUUCCUGAUGCUGACCAACACAAGAUUCGCGUGGUGCCGUUGCGUGUUUGUGCUGGAUACACUGUGAACGGAACCGUUGUAAAGGCUUACUGGAGUGACCUACCAUGUCGGACGCACCAGCCCGUAGGGGGGCAUCUCGUUCGAGGAGAGUGUCUGCAGGCGCGGAGCUAGGCGCUAAAGCUAGUGUGCUAGACGACGAUGUAGUUGAGGUUUCCUCCGAUAAAGAGGGCAACCGACCAGCCCCCCAGGACAAGAAGAUGGUGAGGAGGACCUCUUUGCCCCCGCUGGUCCACCAACGACAUAUGCCACCCGAGACGAAAAAGUUUCAUAUACCAAGGAAGACGCAGGAAAACAUAGAUUUACUCCAGUUUGUUUCAUCGGGAUCCAGAGAGUUUGAAAACAUCAUGAAAGUCUUGACUAACAACUUCUUGGAAACCAACUCUUCUGGCUGUUACUCUUACAGCAACCCUCGGGUCAUCCAUUGCAAGCGGUUGCUGGAUGAGUUCAUUGAGAAAAGGAAGGAGAUGAAGGCUGAUGGGAGGACAGAGAAGGAGCUGGAGGACAGUUACUGCUUUCUGCUGACUGAUUCUGCUAAGCUGCCUGCUCUGUGUGAGAGGGGGAUGAUGGUGGGAGCUAGCUGGCUGUCGCUGCUUGGUAGCCCAAUGAAAGGCAUCUACCUUUCCAAGUACUCAGAUUUGCUCCAUAAUAAUGCUUUAUCCCCUGGAGCCACAGGAGAGAUCCUCAUUUUCAAAGUGAUGAAGGGAAAGGUGAAGAGUAUCCAAGAAAAUCUGAAAGUUGUCAUCGAUCCCACGCCACGUUUCGAUUGCCACGUCUCCAAGAAUGCCAGCAAUGUCACAUCCCUGGCUUCAUUUCGUGGCUUUGAGCUCACACAGCAAUACUUCUAUGAGUACUCAUUUGAUGAGCUGCUACAGCGUCCUCGCCAGGUUUGUCCAUACGCUGUGGUUUCCUUCAAGUUUUUGGGAAAAGCUCUUCCCCUUACCAACAAUCCCCUGGCUCCUCUCAGGCAGAACAGUCAUCCAUCUGAAGCCAUCAAAGAGCCAAAUCAGUUCACUGUGUGGAGCGGUGAUCUGGUGAAAGGAAACAGGGUUCUCUACCAGAUUGCACUUUGCUCCUCCUACCCUGCCAUCCUCCCACGUAAACUCCCAGAGAAGUUGGAAAUAGCAGUUAUGAGGUUUGACAGUUUGACCAGAAUCCUGCCGUCCGAGUUGCUGUCAUACAAGCACUACGAUGAGAGCAGUAAAGAAGUUGUGAAGAACGGCUGCUGCUGCAGCCUGUUGGACGUUAUCGAUAAAGGCCGUUCGUCGACCGGUGUGACCAGGCUUCUGCAAGAGCUGGAGGUCAAAAGAGCGGUUUUGGUAACUCCGCUGACAGAUCGAGGAUUUCUUUUCUUCCUGUCCUUUGGUCAGAUGACCACACCUCUGGAAAGAGGAGAGGGCUGCAAAAGAUGUCUGCAGGCUUUGUUCGUCUUUCCUGAAACCACAGAUGGAGUCCAGUCAAGCUCCCCCUCUCGUCUUUCCUCUCCCUUCCCUCCAUUAUCUAACAUGAAGCCGAUACCACAUCAGUUCAUCCCAGUGCUCCACUACUCUCUGAUCAAGGCCCGAGCCAACCCACCUCCUGAACUGGCUGUCGGCGUGGAGCAACAUGCUCGGGAAUACCUGGCUGGUCAGAUCGGCGGCAAGGUGCGGCCGUACCCCAUGGGUGAAUAUGAUGGAGAUCUUGAUGAGCUUGGGAUUCCUUAUCCUGCUCCCAAACACCACCGGCUGACAAUGGAGGGAUAUCUCAGCUCCUACUUGUACAAACCUGCUUUCUACCAGCUGUCUUUGAACCGGGCUUGCAAGCUGGUGGAGGCCCACUGCAACCCUGUUGUGGCAACAGAAGAUUUUGGAAGACACAAAGAGACGGUGGGAAAGGUCGUUGCAGAUGAGCUAUCAAACACACAGAAGAUGCAGGAAACGAUUGCCUUGGUUCUUGCUUAUAAGCAAAAAGCAUCCAACGAGUUGAAGAGGGAGGAAGGAAAAGAUGGUGCGCUCAUGGGUCCGGACCGAAAGAGGAAGUUGGAGCAGAAGACAGCUGAAAGAACCAUUAAAUAUUUGAAGGCGUCGCAAGAGUCGUUGGGAAGUGACAAAAUUCCAGUUGAUCCGGGACACAACUCAGCUCUUCAAACCAGCCUUCUCUCCUCCCUGCUCCACUCUGUGGGUUUGAAAGACUUUGGCCUUUGGGAGGAUGGAACAGAAAUUACUGCCAAUCUUGUGAACCUUCUGGCAGAUUUAAAGAGGUCUGCGAGCGAAGCAUUGAGUGAAAACAGUGACGAGUUACAGGAAGAGGGGAGGGUAGAGGUGUUUCCAUUUAACAAGAUUGCAUUAAAGCUUGGUCUUCCCACCAACUAUGACAUAGAUUUGAGGAAGCAGGACGAGCUGGAGGACCAGAUGGCAGAUAGCAACAGCAGUCUGGAAGGAUUCAGUCCCAUAUCUCUCACCGGGGAAUUAAAUCAUAAAAAGGGAGGCCGUAAGAAGAGAAAAUUUGAACCGUACGAGGAGGAAGAGGGGGAGACGGAGUGGGAAAUUCCCUGGGUUCUAAUUCCCAUCACAGGUCUUUGCUCUGGCAGGUACGAGCAGCCAGAUGGAAACCUCCCUCAGGAUCCUCGUUUUCGUCAUCGCGCCAUGGCAACAGACCACACUACAGCAGCCUUACCCCCCAGAGAAAGUCCCUCUCCACCACUGAGACCCAGCCCUCAUGCAGCCCCCUCUCCGUGCCCCUCGCCUGAGCCAAGCCCUCCUUCGUCACCUUUACAGUGUCCAUCACCCGAGCAAAGCCCCCCUUACUCUCCCUCGCAGUGGUCAUCAUUGGAGCACCAUAAACGCAAGUCUCCGCCCAAGAGUCCACGUCAAUCCCUUAGUUCACCUCCACUCACUGAUCCAGCUCGACCAUCCAGUCCUCAUCGACCGCCCAGCCUUCUUCACAUCACCCCGGACCCUUCCUCACAUCAGUUUACUGCUCACUCUAAUGAGCCUCACAGGCCUAUCCAGCAUACAGAUGGCGCUAAUGAGUGGCACAGUAACACAGCUGCCUUCAGGGACUCAACAGGCACAUCCAAGAAUCAGGACCCCAGACUUCAGAGGAGAAGACGGCAGCUUGAGGACUCAUCCACCUCUGCCAACCAUGUCAUGUCAAAGAGGACAACUGUCAGGUCGCUGCCAGAUUCAGAUCUGGAUUCCGAUGAAGGACUAAUGAUUAUAAGUGAAGAAACGGAAAAUGAGGAAGAGACAUUUGACUCUGUAGGAGGGAUGAGGUCUGAUCAAACGGAAGAGAUGGAAGAAGAAGCUCAACAGCUGCAGGGGGAGCUUGAACAUCAACCUGAAGUCACAGAUCGUAACGAAAACUCAAAUGUAGAAACACAAGAAACUUCCUCUCUGUGUCUGCGUGAUGUCACAACUUCAUCAAGAGACAUCGGUAGCAUUUUGGACAAGUGUCAGGUGGACUUCAAUUUGUCAGUGCAGCACCUCCUGCAGUCCAAGAACAUUGUCUACACUGCUGAGCACGUCCCACUCAGAGAGAGGUUUUCUUCAUUUCCUCAGUUGUCCUACUGUGCGUUGUCGCCAUGUCCUGAUGCCAAAGUCGAGCACUAUGUAAACUCCCUGCAACAAAGUAUCAUGAAGGAAUUUGAUGUCAGUUGGCCUGGAGUGACGCCCCAGAGUGACCAGAGAGAGACUUUGUUGGCCAGCAGGGUCAGUGAAUUUGUGGAAAACAUCCGAGCGUCCACUUGUGUAGCAAAUGGCAGUCAAGGAGCUGCCCAUUUAGUGAAAGAUGAUGGGGCCUCUGGUCAUGUACCAUCAGAUGUGCCUGCUAAAUUAAGUCCUCCUACCUCUGUAACCAGCUCCACCACCGUUAAUUCACAACUAUAUGACUAUUGCCAGGCAGAUGGUGACCCACUUGCAAGUUCCAUGUUAACUGCGGACGUAUGUGUCGCCCCGGACAGCAGUAGCAGAAUCAUUUUGCCCUCGACAUCAACAGCGGUAGAUCGUGUAGGUUCCAAAGAGGCCUGUCAACCCUUCUCUCAACCGCUUAUGGAGCCGUCACAGUCCUCCGAAAGGGUCCCAACUCCAGACCUUGUACCACUUGGUGCAGUCAGGGAGCCUGCAGAGGAGCCUGCCCCCCUGAGCUCCCUGAUCAGUCGACUGCAGCCGGACUUGCUCAGCAACUUACUGGAGAUUGUGAAGGACAUCAAGAGAAACACUCCACAGUUCUACAUGCACAGCUUCACGCCGGAGGAUGAAGUUGUCAGAGACAUCAAGGAGUUCCUCCUGCGACAGGGCUGUGUGGAGCAGAGCCCUGUCAUGUUUAUAAACCAGGGAAAUUCUGACACCCGACUGUUGGUCAUCAUCAGGAACAAGGACAUAUCUGUUCAUGUUCACAAGAUUCCGGGUCUGGUCGCCCUCAAGCGACACCGGUCAGUGCAGUUUGUCGGCGUUGAUUCACUGGCUAACAUCAGGGACAGCAUUUGGAACGAGAUUUUUGUUUGCGGCGGCUGUAUCAUCUCAGACGACUUGGUGCUGAAUCCUGACUUCAUCCAACACGAGCGGCUGGCAGAACUGCUGAUGUUCCUGGAGAAGCAGAGUUCUCCUCAAAGCAUCUGGCGGUGGAAGGUUCACAGCAAGACCCACAAAAAGUUAAAAGAACAAGCCAGGUUCAGGCGAGAUGCAGCCAAGCUGUUAGAGGUGGUGUCUGUCUUCCAAAAUCGGCAAAUCAUCGAGUUACUCCCGGAUCACCACUGCGACAAAAGCCCCGACUCGCCCGACCUGGACUGUCUGCUGGAGCUCCAGGGGCGAUACACCAAGUUCCGGCACACCAUCUUCCUGAUCGAGCAUCGCUUUGUGAACUUUGCUGCCUACUUCAGCAAGGGCAUCAUUGUGGCCAACUUCAACGAUGUUCUGGAAAACUUCACGCAGCUGGUUGGGUACCACGACAUCAAAGAGAAGCUGUUCAUUAUGGAGGACCUGCUGUCUGCUAAAGACUUGAACCAGCCUGAUCCGGCCAGCGUCGACCAGCCUGAUCCGGCCAGCUGCGACGCUCCAGACCCACCUGAGGAGUCCAGCUCCAGCCACUCUUCAGCCCCGGACCCACUGGCAGCAGACGGCCCCUAUGGUGACCUCAAUCCUUCAGAGUCAGACCUGGAGAUUCUUCACCAGGCCAUUUCUCAUUUACGAGCCGAACGUCAAGCGCAGAAGGAGCGGCAGCACCAGUCAGGGACCCUCAUCAAUAGCGGGACCUCACCCUCCUCCACUUUUACUCAAAGAGGCACCGAUAACGUGUCUCCAGAUGAGUCGCACCACGUAGAUCCGAACACUAAAGGGGUCAUGGACACAUUGAACUCGAUACACAUGAGUCUGAAUAAUCCAGAAACACAGACAACCAGGACAGAACCAGACCUACCGGACCCAGUUGACAUGUUGGAAGCAAAACACUGCCACAAAUCUGCCUUUCUUUCCUCUUCAUCGCCGCCCAGUUCUGAACCAGACUUCAUACCAGAGAUGUGUGACUCCACCCAAGAUGCCGCCAGAGAGGUUCUGUGUAUCGUCCCCUCCACUACCAGCUCAGUUCCGGCCACAAAGGAUGGCAUAGGUGACCUCCAGUGUGACCCAGUUCUUCCCAGCUGUGUCAAGUCUGCCACCAGUGACACGGUGGCAUCUGCAAGUCCCAGCAAGGUCGCACAGAAUAUUUCCAGUUCCACUUGCAGUCAGCAACAGAUUCCUCGGUUAGAGCAGCAGUACCGGCAUCCUCGCUCCAAAGGCUUUAGCAACCCUGUCUCGCUCUACAGCCGGCAGCGGCGGCCCACCACACCUGUCCAGCACCCAACCAUGGCUAUGUACAGACAUGCACUUGGAAUGUCCAUGGCUGCACAGAGCAGCUGGAUGAACUCGUCACUCUGGCAACAAGGUCUGAUUCCCACAUCCUCGUCAGCUAUGCUUUGGCCGUCACCACCAAAUGUUGGCAACUUGGGAAGGAUGGGCUUUCACCCGAGCUUUCCGCCUAAUUACCAGAGCUGGCAGGGAGGACGAUUUAACGGAAUGUAGUAAAGCGACCCAAGCAUCUCAGUCUUCAUCCAUUAAAAUUAUUUAUUUUAAAACUGCCUGAGCCAUGACAGAGUGUCCUCAAAUCAAGACAAAACAUGCUGCGUUCCACCACAGAUGUAUGCAAAUGUGAAUACUAUAUAAACGGCGGGAUUGUUUUUAACAUGAAUAUUAUAUGAGUAUCUUUUUACAGUGUCUCUUGUUUUCUCACCGACGGAACCAGCAUCUCUGAGGAAUGUUUUCUGACACAUUCUGGUUUGGGCUGCACCAUGAUGACCCAUUGUAAAAAAAACAAAAAAAGAAAAAGUAAAAAAAAUGUCCUCUGGUGGACUUCUUUGUCUUCUAUAUAAAGUUAAUUUGUUUUUGACAACCUGUAAAUGCCACUGGGAGCAGUUAUCUCAUGUUUUUACAUUAAAUGUUUUUAUGUUGUUUUUUUCAUUUUACACUUUAUUCUCUUUUGUAUUAAAACCUGCCUAAC